GGGUUUUAGCACCAGUGUGCUUCCCCCAUCUGGGGGACUAACAGGUAGGGAGUGCCCAGCUUGCUGUCCAGGCACCGAGGACCACAAAUGAAUAUGAAUAUGCUGCCCGGGUCUAUUCCAGAAUAUUCUGGAAUGGCCAGGUUUUGGCCAGCAGCUCAGUUUUAUUUUUCAGCCUGUUGUAUAUACCCCAGAGGACACACACUGCCACAUAGCCUAGUGGCCAGGGCCCAGGUUGCCUGUGAAACCAGGGUGAAAUGGAAGAGUCAAGCCCUCGGUGUCCUUGUAGUGAGAUGGGGACCACCACUUGCUGGUUCCAUGAGUUGCAAAAGUGAAGUUGCUUCAAAGGAUAGGAUCUGGCUGUCCUACCAUUGUCUGCUUGGUCUCAAAGUGGGAUGACCACAGGCCUUAGUGCACAAACAACACCCUUCUCUUACAGUGGCUGGGGACUAGGGAAGCCCAGGGAUUGGCUCAUAUCCUGGGCCACAGUCCUCUGGGCACCUCCUUGCCAAGCCCUUCUCCCUACAGGAGGCCCAGUCCUGGUGGUGCUUCUGGCUUUUUUGGUGGCACUGGGCCCCUGUGACCUGCAGGAGACAGACCCUGGAGCAUCAGCAGAUGCUGAGGGCCCCCAGUGCCCUGACAUCUGUACCUGCAGCUAUGAUGACUACACAAAUGAGCUCAGCGUCUUUUGCAGUUCGAGGAACCUCACACAGCUGCCUGACGGCAUCCCAGUCAGCACCAGGGCCCUGUGGCUUGACGGCAAUAACCUCUCCUCCAUUCCCUCAGCGGCUUUCCAAAACCUGUCCAGCCUGGACUUCCUCAACCUGCAGGGCAGCUGGCUGAACAGCCUGGAGCCACAGGCACUGCUGGGCCUGCAGAACCUCUACCACUUGCACCUGGAGCGUAACCUGCUCCGGAGCCUCGCUGCCGGCUUAUUCACACACACCCCCAACCUGGCUUCACUCAGCCUGGGCAACAACCUCCUGGGCCGGCUGGAAGACGGGCUGUUCCAGGGUCUUGGUCACCUUUGGGACCUCAACCUGGGUUGGAACAGCCUAGUGGUACUGCCCGACAUGGUGUUCCAGGGCCUGGGUAACCUCCGUGAGCUGGUGUUGGCUGGCAACAAACUGGCUUACCUGCAGCCUUCGCUCUUUUGUGGCUUGGGUGAGCUGCGAGAGCUGGACCUGAGCAGGAACGCACUGCGCAGUGUUAAAGCCAACGUCUUCAUACACCUGCCCAGGCUGCAGAAGCUGUACCUGGACCGCAACUUUGUCACAGCUGUGGCCCCUGGUGCCUUCCUGGGCAUGAAGGCACUGCGUUGGCUGGACCUGUCCCAUAACCGUGUGGCAGGCCUCUUGGAAGACACCUUUCCAGGCCUGCUGGGUCUGCAUGUCCUGCGCCUGGCACACAAUGCCAUCACUAGUUUGCGGCCACGUACUUUCAAAGAUCUACACUUCCUAGAGGAACUGCAGCUUGGCCACAAUCGCAUCCGGCAGCUAGGUGAGAAGACAUUUGAGGGCCUGGGGCAGCUGGAGGUACUGACACUCAAUGAUAACCAGAUCCACGAGGUCAAGAUGGGUGCCUUCUCUGGCCUCUUCAAUGUGGCUGUUAUGAAUCUCUCUGGCAACUGUCUGAGAAAUCUCCCAGAGCGGGUCUUCCAGGGUCUGAGCAAGCUGCACAGUCUGCACUUGGAGCACAGCUGCCUGGGCCGCAUCCGCCUGCAUACUUUCACUGGUCUCUCAGGGUUGCGCAGGCUCUUCCUCAGGGGCAACAGUAUCUCUAUCACUGAAGAACAGAGCCUGGCAGGGCUCUCUGAGCUCCUGGAGCUUGAUCUUACUGCCAACCAGCUCACACAUCUGCCCCGUCGGCUCUUCCAGGGCCUUGGCCAACUGGAGUACCUUCUUCUCUCAAAUAACCGGCUGUCAGCACUGUCUGAGGAUGUCCUGAGCCCCCUGCAGCGGGUCUUCUGGCUGGACAUCUCACACAAUCGCCUGGAGGCACUGUCUGAAGGCCUUUUUUCACCACUGGGGCGGCUUCGCUACCUCAGCCUCAGGAAUAACUCUUUGCAGACCUUUUCGCCACAGCCUGGCCUGGAACGCCUGUGGCUUGAUGCCAACCCCUGGGACUGCCGCUGUCCCCUCAAGGCUCUGCGUGACUUUGCCCUGCAGAACCCCAGCAUUGUCCCCCGCUUUGUUCAGACUGUUUGUGAGGGGGAUGACUGCCAGCCAGUCUACACCUACAACAACAUCACCUGUGCUGGCCCUGCUAAUGUCUCAGGUCUCGAACUACGAGACAUCAGCGAAACACAUUUUAUGCACUGCUGACCCUGGCUACUACUGGCCUGGUUUGGCCUACUGCUAUCCUGUGGUCAGGACAGUGUCUCACUGUUAACAGAUUAAGCUGGCUCUUGAAGCCAGCAGGGGGUUGGGAGAAUACCUGCCCAUCUCUAGGGGACGGGUCCUGGGCUGCUUGCUCACUUCCUAGAAUCAUGGCAGUACUGGCAUCUAUGUGGCCUAAACUCAGAAAGGGUGGGCACAGGCCAGGUGCACAAGGGCUCAACCAGGAGGUGAAGUUCUCAGCAGCACUCCCUGCUGGCAACAAUUAAAGCAAGACUAAGCAUGGCUUGUGACCUUGAGUGUGAACUUGGGAAAAGUGACCUGUGGUCUUCUUGUCCUUUGUCCCCACCCCUUCUAUCCUGCCCUAGCUCUGCUUGAGCCCAGUCUGUGCCUUGCUGGUGUUGGGAACACAUGUACCACUUCACCUUGCUGUAUCCAUGUCUUCUUGGGCUUCUUAGGACCCUCU